UGUUUUAUUGGAGUUAAAAAUGAUACCGAGUCAGUGAAACGUGCCGAGGAAUUAUAAAGCAGUUCUUUUUUAUUGUGUUAUUGUGGAAAUGUAGGCUACUCCUUUAAAGAUGAAAACAGGCUGCUCAUCGGAGGUGGAUUUGCGUUUUUCCAGAAACUUGGGUACAAUACUCCCUGACGAUUUUUGUUAACCCCUACGGUGUAUGGAAAGUGCUCCUGGAUGGACCUGGGAGAAAACAGCUGGUCCAUGGUCAAGCGAGAAGUAUCCAGCAGCCCAGGGUCACCUGAGCAGACCUACCUGACUGGUGACAGCAGGAGGGACGGUCCCACCUCGGAUGAGCUGAGGACUCCUCCGAGCGACCUUGACGCACUGGGGCACCGCCGCUCCGACGGCAGAUCACUACACUCCUACGUUCACUUCGGACACCAUAACAACACCCUGACCACUACCGAGGACAUCCCGCUGUUUACGGAUUUAGACCAGGGCAGCAAACUCGUCCUCGCCAGCGGAGCGCACAAGGCGAGCUUGCUGGUGGACCCGACCGACAUGUACCAAACACUGGCCAUCGCCGCAGCCCAGAGCCAGACUGGAUAUGAUUCCUCCUCUGGGGGUUAUAUGCACUCCAACCCCAACUCCCCCGUGUAUGUCCCCAGCUCCCGGGUGGGCUCCAUGAUACCCAGCCUCUCUUAUCUGCCGGCGAGCGGCUCCGCGCAGCCGAGCCACGGUGUCUCCAGCCACUGGUCGCAGUCCACCCCGGAGAGCCCUUCAUACACCACCGGGAGCCCGCACGCAUCUAGUCGGUUCCACUACCCUCCAAGCCCACCCAUGAAUAACGGGACGCCCAGGGACACCGGCUACAGUAACACGCUGAAUAUGAGCAGCAGAGACCAGUACGGCCUCUCCCGGCCCCUCAGUGGGACCUACGCCAGUCCAUACUCGCCUUAUGUCGCACCGCAGCUGUCCCAGCUGCCCUCGCCGUGGACCGGGGGACAUUUUGAUAACACGAUGCUGCACACCUUGCAGAGCAGAGGCGCGCCAUUGAUUCGAGGACCAAAUGGAGUUUCAGACAUUCUGGAUGACAUGGGGGAGAGCAGAGAGUGCGUCAACUGUGGCUCCAUCUCCACGCCGCUGUGGAGGCGCGACGGCACGGGCCACUUUCUCUGCAACGCCUGCGGCCUUUACAGCAAAAUGAAUGGGCUGAGCCGGCCAUUAAUAAAACCACCGAAACGGACGUCAACGUCCAGAAGAAUGGGCCUGUCCUGCGCCAACUGUCAAACCAGCACGACCACUUUGUGGCGCAGAAACGCGGAGGGAGAGCCGGUGUGUAACGCAUGCGGGCUCUACACAAAAUUACACGGAGUACCUCGGCCGCUUGCCAUGAAGAAAGAGGGAAUCCAGACAAGAAAAAGAAAACCGAAAACCUUGAAUAAAACUAAGGGAUCCUCUGGAAACAACUCUGUCUCUAUGACUCCCACAUCCACAUCUUCAUCCAAUUCCGAAGACUGCUCGAAAACCAGCUCUCCCUCUGGACAGGUGUCAGGGGUCAGUUCGUCUGUGCUGUCCAGCUCAGGGGAUGGAACAGGCUCCGGCUCUUCAGUGGUAAAGUACCCUGGACAGGACGGCCUGUACACCAGCGUGGGUCUGUCCCAGCCAUCAGAUGUAGCUUCAGUGAGGGGUGAACCCUGGUGCCCCAUGGCCUUAGCUUGAACAUCUAAAUCUUUGGGAGGACAGCAAUCCCUGGCCCCUCUGUCUGGAUGCUAUGUAGUGUGGAAGUAUUCAGGGGCGAUGUUUGUUUCCUUCCUCGCAGCUGAUGCAAGAAGAGUCAGACGGGGAGGGUGGGGGGAGAAGGUUGAGACGGCCUUCAGUCACACUGCAAGCUUGAACCGAGUGUGGAAUAGCCGGGAUUGGUUUCCAGAUUGGUGUGGGGGAUCUUGUUGCUAUAAGAAAACAAAGGGAAUCGCCAGGCCAGAUGAUCAAUCAGGUUGCCUGCUCUGGAUGGACCUGCCAUGCACUCUGUAUCUCUCCCAUCCAUGGCUUGAUCUUGUUUCUUAAAAUAAAGCCAUCGUGUACAUAACGGAUUUCCUCUCUGAAGAAAAAGCUGUUGAUUGGAUACCACUGCUUUGUAAAGUGCUGUAUUCUUUAAGGACAUUUAGAUUAUUUUUGUUUUCUUUCCACAACUGGAAUCAUGCCAAAGUGCCUAGACAACUUUUAUCAAUCAAAAGAAAACAAUAUUUAUAAAUCUUCCAUUUUUGAAACCAUGGCUAUGAUUGUUAAUAAAGAUAUCAAUAUAGAGUAGUUAAACCAUUCUGAUGUCUUCUUUUCUACAUUUUUUUUCUUUAUAAGUGGUUGUUUGUAGAAAAGUAGUUCUGAAUCUGCACGUUUUCCACUGAAAGCUCUUACUGUAUUUGACUGAAACUAGUUUGGUUUAAACAGGGUAUAAAAGACUAUGUCAUCUAGUGGUUUUGUUUAAUUAUUUACUGAAAAAAAUGCAAAUAAUCAACUCCUUCAGACAAAUUUUUGAUAUUGAUAUAUUAAUUUUGGGUCGCAUUAAGGUACUAUUCUCAAAGCAGAGCUACCAAAACUCUUUUACAUGUAAAGCAGAUGGAUGGCUUGUAUGAACAAAGCACACCCAGAGUAGCUGUGGGCCUACUGACCUUUAUGUUAAAAGACAUAAACUGCAGAAGAAGACAGUUGGCUGCACUACCUGACUCACUAUGAAUUGUGUACCUUUCACACUGCAAGCAUGGACUGUUGCAUCAUUUUCAUACCAAAAUUAGAUUUGAAGACUAGAAUUGGAGAAUGCGGUCACCUCUGAACAAAUUUAUGUUACUUUGAUGACUCUGGCUAAUCUCCUCUAAGGAUUAAAAGGAGAGUAAUGGCCCAAUAGUUAUGUGUAAUGAGGUGUUAAAGUGGGCAACGGAAAAGGGAAAUUUAAACCAUUUAUUUUACAAUGCAAUAUAUUCAUCAGAAUGCAUACUCACUGUAGUAAAGAUUUAAAAUUCACAGCUGCAUGGGUGGCAUGCAAAAUCAAAAAUGCAAUGUUUGAUUUUUCACUGUUUGUCUCUAGCAGUGUGGGUGGAGCCUCAAAGGGCCAUUUCAGGCCACAAAAACAAUUAUGGGGUGAUUUAAACCUGAAAGCAGUCUGAUGAGUUACAUGUGAAACUUGUGGUAAAGAAGAUUAUUUCUUACUUUCGUUUUUUCUUUCACAACAUGCUUCAUCCAAAAAGCGCAUGUCUUUCAUUCUUCUGGAUUUAUUUAUUUUUUUAAAUAUUGUGUUUAUUUCAGCAACUUUUUUUGUUGUUGUUUUGUUGUUGUAUUUUUUAUUUUAACAAGAAAUAAUUUUAUUUAAAUUCAGUCCAAUAAAUUGUUCUCUUGAUGUAGAUGAACUUACAGUUACCCUGUGUUUUAAAGAAAAAAGAAGCAAUAUUUCAAAGUUGUGGAAAGAUGUGUUCCAUGUUCUGUAUAACAUUAAUAUUACUCAGGCAUACUUUUGUGUGAGGCAAUCCCAACCAUGCUUCAACUCCCCAUUCCUCCCAGGAUGAACAAAAACUGAAUAGCUUUAUUUUCUCAGACGUUUUCAUGAUUGGGAGGGAAGCGCAUUAAGGAAAAAGCUAAUACACAGAAAGGAUUUCCAAGGGGGAAAAUGUGUGCUUCGUUGUCAGAAAUUCAGAUACCUCACCUAAAUGUUUUGUUUAAAUUGCAUCUCAAACCAAAUAUUAAGCUUGCAGAUUUUGAUUUCCAGCUUUUUCUUGGGGGGGCUUGCUUCCACACUCUGCUUAUGUUUCAUUAAAGCAAGCCUUUAUUCUUCCUGA